AAAUAAAAAGUAAACAGAAAAAUACACAAUACAUCAUGUGUCACAUUUAAAACAAUCAAAUGUACUUAUGAAACAUCUACAUUUUGAGACUAAAGACUACUGUGAGGUUAUCAUAACUUUAAGAUGUUAUUUAUUUAGUUUCUUUUUUGAGAAUUUGAAUUCUAUAUUAUUACACCACUCUCUAAAAUGCUUGAUUCUGAUUGGCCAAUCACAACAUUCCAAGAUUCCUUCUUUUCAGAUAACUACUCAACUAAUAACACACGGCUGCAAAUCAUUUUAACAGGGCAAGGCCUUUUCACUGCAAACACAUCUUUGUGUGCACACUUCUGUGCUUAAUUUAUGUGAAAACAGUGGUUUGUAAUAAACAAGACCACUUCACAACCUCUUUGGACAGAGAUGGCUAGCCCCAGUCUCGAUUACCCGAAUGGAUAUGAAUUGUCCAGUUUGUAUGGACCAGUUACUGAUGAACCAAACACCACUCCCUUAUACGACUAUGAUGACUACUACAGUGUAGAUCUUGAUCCAUCUGUGUUAACCUGUGAUUAUGGAGGUCAUGCAUCCAACAUCUUGCCUGUGUUAUACUCUCUGUUCUUCGUGUUGGGUCUGCUGGGUAACCUGCUGGUGUUAUGGGUGAUCUUAAUAUGUGAAAAGCUGAGAAGCAUGACUGAUAUCUGUCUCCUGAACCUGGCUUUAGCUGAUCUCCUGCUGGUCUCCUCUCUCCCGUUCCUGGCUCACUAUGCCAGAGAUCAGUGGGUCUUUGGAGGCCCCAUGUGCACCAUAGUUUUUGGCGUCUAUCACAUUGGAUUCUACAGUGGGAUUUUCUUUGUUGUAAUGAUGAGUGUUGACAGAUAUUUAGCUGUGGUUCAUUCUGUGAACGCUUUUAAAGUUAGAACAAAGAUAUAUGGGAUUAUAGCCAGUGUGGUCAUCUGGAUCAUUGCUGUUGCAGCAUCUUUUCCUGAGCUUAUGUACCUUGAAAUCAGUACACACAAUAAUAAAACAUACUGUCAGUCUUAUCCAACAGAUGAGCACAACUCUUACCAUUAUGGAAAGACUGUUGGUAUUAUUAAAAUGAAUGUUUUGGGAUUAAUUAUUCCACUGUGUGUAAUUGGAUUUUGUUACUCAAUGAUUCUUCACAGACUCUUAACAGUUCGCUCUUUCAGGAAACAGGAAAUGAAACUUGUCGUUGUAGUGAUGGUUGUCUUCCUCUGCUGUUGGGCUCCAUAUAAUAUUGCAGCUUUUGUGAAAGCAUUGGAGAUAAAUGAAUUCAUAAUGACAUCCUGUGAAAAAAGUAAAGCAAUCACUCUUAGUCUUCAGAUCACAGAAGCUCUGGCUUACUCACACAGCUGCUUGAAUCCCGUUCUCUAUGUGUUUGUAGAAGAGAAAUUUAGGAAACACCUUUACAAACUCCUGAACAAAACACCCAUCAGCAGAUUACAGUUCAUGAAGAGAUACCUUACACAGGCUACAGGAUCUGUUUAUUCACAGACUGCCAGUGUGGAUGACAGGCUUACUACAGCAGUGUGAUUGAAAUAAAUCCCCAAAUACCAUCAAAAAGGCACUUGCUUGAUAGUUGGGAGGAGUUUAAAUGAAAUUUUACAUUCCUUUUUUGAUUUAUUUUACUGUGGCAUCCAGUAAGUGAAUGUUUAUUGUUCUGGUCAGAAUAGGAUGUAAAUAGCUGGUUAGAGUACUUAGUUGUGUAAUUGCCUUCAAUAUGUAUUGUAUGGCUUUCUAUAAAAAUGCUAGAAAUAUGAUCUCAACCAUGAUUAAACUGUAUGAUAUGUCUAAAGCCUUAAAUAACUUCUCCUUUUAGUCUUUUUCAGUGUUUAUGCUCAAUAAUAAUGAAUGAUUAAGAGAUUGUUUCAGUCCAAAGUCACAAUGACAGAUGGGAUUUCAAGAAUUGUUUGCAAUAAAAAAAAAAAAUAAUAAAUUACAAGCUAAAAUUGCAUCAUUGGACAAUAGGUUACAAAAAGUAUGCUCUAUUUUAACACUAUGGUUCGGGGACCCACUUGUAGGUCUCGCAUAUUCUCACAUAUUUCCCUCUUUUAUUUAAAAAAUAUGUUGUUGGGUCCUGGGACAGAUUAUACCUAUUUUGGGUGGGUCGCAAAAUAAAAAGUUUGGAAACCAGUGCUCUAUAGUACUUGAGGUAAUCUUUAUAACACCAAGUAGAUCCAAAUAACUAAUCAACAAGUUUCAUAGAUUAUUUAACUUAGUAAAUCUAGAAGGAGUUUAGACGCAUUGUUUCUCAUGAGGAUGUCUGUUAAAAUAUAUUUACAUGCCUUUGGAUGAAGAUUAAUUAAAUUAUAAUUCAGUUUAAUUUACAAUAUCUUUGGUAAGUAUAGUAAUAUAAAAAAUUACAUGAAUAAGAUUUUUUUCAAUAGUUGGUCCAAGUUGGUCUUCUCACAAUCUAGUUUAACAAUUUUUCUGCAUCUCACAUGUUUUUUAACAAAACAUUUCCAAAUGCUGGGUUGUUGUUGCAGCCAUCGGUUAAAAUAACAAUUUUUAUGUAAUUGCCUGUUAACCUAAUGCAUGUCAGUGCAUGUAAUCUUAUUUAAGUCAUACUACCAGAACAGAAAAUAGUAUUGUAGUCUUGAAAUCCUUUACACAAGUUCACUCUCAGAAACUGAAAUGAAAAUGUCCUUUUAUAAAUGAAUGUAAUUUGUAUUAUAUUCUGCAAUGUGCAUGAACUUUGAUCCAACACUGCCACCAACUGUUAUAAGAGGCAAAUUACAACGAAUAAUAAACUCAUCAAAACUAUAAAAUAACACAAAUAUCACAAUGGGAUUAAUUUUCAAAAUAUUAAUCUAAAUUGUAGCAUCUUCAGUGUAGUCACUUUUUGUCUAAAAUUUCCAGUAAUGUUGUCUUUUGAUAUAGCAGCUUCUGUCUCUAAGAUGUUUUAUAAACAGUAUUGAAGGAGUCUAUCACAUCUAUUCUGGGCUCUUCCUUUCUUUUUUUCUUUAUCAUUCAGCCUGAAAUUUACUUUGUUUUGUACUAAAUAUGUCAUAACAAUUAUAUUUGUCCACAUUCAGAUCAAAAUGUUUUUCAAGAUAAUAAUAAACACUGCAGUCAAGUGACCUAAAACCAUUCAAUGGUAGUGUGUAAGUUCAUGUCCUUUAAGCUAA